CCGCCAAGCCCCUCCGUCUGCCUCUCAUUCAACCGCCGCCAUUCGUUCCACUUUUUGCCAUUCUCCACACAUGAAGAUGGCAAGUUCAAAGCGCUUCAGUAUAUACGGCUCUCCGCCUUGCACGCUGCGAAGUCGUCGGACUGGCAAUCUAUCCAGCGAGACCGCGACCCCUUUCGUGCUCAACCUUAGCUACCCACCCGCCCACCCAUCUUUGGCGUCUCUCGCCUUCUCUCUUCCCCGUCGCCUCGCCUCUGCUUGCCUCCUCUGCGUGGCGCCGGCACUGUUAAGUGCGUCGCACACACGGGCUCAUCGUCGCGAGUGUCCUCUAGUCGCUCGAUUCAUCAGCGCGCCAAUCAGCUGAGCGGGAGUCGGUCGCGGGGCAUCAGCGCAGCGCAAAUCUGCGCGCAGCGAUGAAGGCGGCGAAGGCCCUCAUGGUGGCGUCGGCGGGCGUAGCCGUGGCGGUGUCAGUGGGCCUCAUGGCGCUCGCCAUCUACCUCGCACUCAGCGGCAGCGGCAGCGCGUGCGCGCAGCGGUUGGACGUGCCGGGGAACGUGCUGGGCGCGGUGCUGUUCGGCGCGGGCGUGCUGGGGCUCAUCGGCGCGCUUGCAGACGAGGGGUGCCUCGAGUGGCUGUUCCUCUGCUGCUCCACCGCCCUCACGCUGGCGCUGCUGGCGUACGCAGCCUUCGCCCUGGCAGUGAGUACCCCCAGUCCCAGCACUUCAACGGGCCCAGCAGGCCAGCCGGUGUACACGGUGACGGACUUCUCCCCCUGGCUGCAGGGGCUAGUGGCGCAGCCCGAUGCAUGGGUGAAGAUGUGGGCCUGCCUGGUCGCCAACAACUCCUGCCCUGCACUGCCACGGCCUUGGGGUGGUGCUGGGGACGAGAUGGCAGGGAUAAGCCAUAGCAGCAGCAGUGGCAGCAGCAGCAGCAGUGUUGCAGCUGCGUCAGGUGGCUCUGGCGACCAAAGGCCAUCAGUGAUUCAGAGUGGCUGCUGCUUCCCACCCACCCCGUGCAGCGACAUCACCGCCCUUACCUCACCACCUGCCCUGCCACCUGCCCCAUCACUCGCCCUCUCACCAGGACCCGCACCUGCACCGUCCAUGCCUGAGUCGGUGCAGGCUGGCAACCAUUCUAGGCUAGCACUCCUUAAUGCUGCUGCUCAAACCAAUGCGACAGCCCUCCUUAACUGCAGUGCCGCUGAUCCAGGCUCAGGUGGAGGGUGCUUCAGCUGUGAGGCGUGCAAGGCAGCGCUGCUCAAGGUGGUGAGGGACGACCUCUGGCUGGCGGGCUGCGUGUGCGUGGCUGCUGCGUGCGUGCUGCUCUUGCUGCUGUGUGUAGGCGGUUAUGCCCAUGUUGUGUUGAGGGGAGAGAGGAGAGCCAAGGCGAUAGAGGAGAUGAGGGAUGAGGAUGACUAUUCCUGUGGAAGCCUGUGCAGCGGCAAUGGUUCAUGCGGGGACUGCUGCGAAUGUGCACUUCAAUGUUGUUCCAUGUGGGCCAAUUGCUUGGGCGAAUGCGGUAGGUGAUGCUUUGGUACCCAACCCACUAAAGGAGGGUGUACAUAGUGCAUAUCGGUUUUGUCAUUUGGGAAAUAUACCGACUGUCAAAAGUUGAGGCAAGGUGGGCACAUGCCGAGUUUCUCUUUAGCGCGUUGACCAGCGCGAGUGAGAUCCAGCCUGGCGUGCCUGUCGCCUUGCUUUUGUGCCCUUGUUGCCUUCCUCCCCGCCUCGCACUCGCUCCUCGAGAAUCUCAUUCCGCCUCAGGCCGCCAGCUGCCCCACCUGGCCUCCCUCCAGGUGCCUUAGGCGCACAGCACUGUACGAU